GAGAGGGAGAGGGGAAAAAAAGUUUUUGUUCUUUUCCUUUUUUUCCUUCUUUCAUCGCCUCCCCCUGUUCUAACCAGGGAACAUGGACCAGGGGCCCAAGAGUCCUGCACUGCGGCUGGGGAGAACAGGACAUGGAGGAGUGAACCAGCUCGGAGGUGUGUUUGUAAACGGCAGGCCCCUCCCAGAUGUGGUGCGACAGCGAAUAGUGGAGCUCGCCCACCAAGGGGUCCGGCCCUGCGACAUCUCACGCCAGCUACGAGUCAGCCAUGGAUGUGUCAGCAAGAUACUGGGCAGGUACUAUGAAACGGGCAGCAUCCGCCCCGGGGUAAUUGGGGGAUCCAAACCAAAGGUUGCUACUCCCAAAGUGGUCGACAAGAUCGCCGAUUACAAACGCCAAAACCCCACCAUGUUUGCCUGGGAGAUCCGGGACAGGCUCCUCGCCGAGAGAGUGUGUGACAACGACAGUGUCCCCAGUGUCAGCUCCAUCAACAGGAUCAUUCGGACAAAGGUUCAGCAGCCGCCCGGCCAAACAGGCUCAGUGUCGGCUCACAACUUAGCGACGUCUGUGGCGGCCACACAAGUGUCAGCAGUGACCAGCGACUCAGCCGGCUCCUCGUACUCCAUCAGUGGCAUUCUGGGUAUCAGCUCAGCUGCCGAUGUGGGCAAGAGGAAGAGGGACGAAGGUUUGCAGGAGUCACCGCUGGCCAACGGGCAUGGUCACAGUGGGCGGGACUUCCUCAGGAAGCAGAUGAGAGGGGAGCUGUUCUCGCCGCAGCAGAUCGAGGUAUUGGACCGCCUGUUUGACAGACAGCCACCCUGUCCAAUCCAAUCCAGCUCUGACCUCUAUGUGAGCCCUGACUCUGGCAAGACGUCGGAUUAUUCGGCCAUGGCCUCGCUAGCUGGUGGACUGGACGAGAUGAAGAACAGUUUGGCCAAUCCCGGUACAGGGGCGGAGCUAGGAGCCAGUGUUUCGGGUCCACAGUCCUAUUCACUCGUUCCAGGUCGAGACCUAGCCAGCACCACUCUGCCAGGCUACCCUCCCCAUGUUCCUCCCACUGGACAGGGCAGCUACUCCACCCCCUCGCUCACUGGCAUGGUACCUGGGGGAGAUUUUUCCGGAAGUCCAUAUUCCCAUCCCCAGUAUUCCACAUACAAUGAAUCGUGGAGAUUUCCUAACCCCAGUUUAUUAGUGUUUCAGCAGGAUUAUGGGUCUCUCCUGGGGACGGAAAUCGGCUGCUCUUCGAGUCUCUUCACCAGCCAGGCAGGACAGAUGCAAGGGUCACCAUACUAUUACAGUGCAACAUCACGGGGGGCGGGCCCUGCUGCCACAGCAACAGCCUCCGCCUACGACCGCCACUGACCGCCACUGACCCCUCCUACUGUGAGAAGAGGAAGAGGAAGAGAAGGAGAUGAGGGAAGGACGAGGGGACGGAUAGCACCAGCACUGCUCAGUACAAACCUGCCUACGCACAGACGACAAUGAGGAUGAAGAUUUCAAUUUUUUGACGUCAGUGAAGUUUGAAUUUUCUUUGACUGACACUAAAGCCAACUAACGCACUGCUGGGCUGCAACACAGACUGUUUGGGUAUUACAUUACUGUAAGGACGCUGGUAUGGCAGUGUCAAUGACUAAUAGAUAUAGGACAGGUCAGAAACAAGUGACUUUGGACCCUCCCAUGAUAGAUCAAGGCUUGGUAUCCCUAUCUUUCUGUUAACCAAUCCUCUAUAAAUUCAUGAGGUCAGUGAACUACCAUAGGUGUGCUUUAGUGAAUUCAAAUGUAUUGUGAUCUUCUGGAUAAAAUGCUGUUUUCAGGUUGAAAAUAUCUUUGAGGAAAUUAUCUGAGUUGAGAAAAAUGACUUUUUUAAACAGCCUUUUACACCCCAGCAUCAAUCAAUCGAUUUUCUAUGCCAUGUUACGGUGAAGAAAGACAAUCCAAUUCCCAUAACUUUGAAUGACCAAAAUCACCCAUAUCAUUAUCAUUCAAGUCUCUUUACUGUAGAUUUAACACAUUUCCCUGAGAUCACAAUGCUUAAAUGGGAUACCAUCAUUUUCAAUGGGAGUGUUCAGCUUCGCAAUUGACCGUUUGCUAAGCCUCAUCCCCCAUUAGUUAAUGUUGCAAUGCCUGUCAGUCUUUCUGUUCUUGCACGGCACAGAUGAGACUUACAGCAGUAUCAGUGGCAUGAAAACUGUUGGGGUUUUACAAAUUAUGGAUCCUUUCAGACAGAUUUAGUCAAAAAUACCAUUUCUAGCUGGUAACCAUCUCUUUUGGUAAAAGACAAACAAGCCUCAACAAAGAGAGUUUAAUCUAUCAUUACACCUUCAGUUUUUGGUUUUUAAGAAAACUAAAGGGAGGGAUUUUACCCCCCUUUAAAUGCUGAUCACUCUUACUACAGUGUGAGAAAUCCAAAGGUCGACAGGCCUGCUGCGCCUAGUUAUGGUUGCUAAGUUAUGAUUGAAUAAUCACAGUUUGGGGGUAAGCUUUAGCAAACACUCAAUUCCAAUAGUUGUAGCCACAUCCCAAUGAGAAUCACAGAACAACUCAGGCCACAUUUCCAUUGCAUGGGACGGCAUGGCUCGACUCAGCUUGACUAACUGUUUUUUGGUUUUCCAAUAGCAAAAGUUCUGGACGGUACCUGGUACUUUUUUAGUAUCACCUCAGUUGAGGUUCCAAGAGAGCUGAGCUGAUACCAGAGGGUGGAGUUAAAGCACUGCAGACUACUGAUUGGUCAGACAAUAGUGACUUAAAUAAUGUCUUAAGCGUCACAAAAAAAUCAAUUUUUAAAUAUACAAACUACUGUAAAUAGCAACUGCAAGUUUUUUAUGCACUCCCAAACAGAUUUUAAAAAAUGGCACGACUACUCCAUAGAAUUCAAGUACAAAGUAGUUGUCUUAAUAAAUAGUACUGUCUUUGGUACUGUAAGUGUUCUGGUUUCAGUUUGUGGUCCAUUUGUCAUCUGAGUAGUAUUACCAAUCGUGUUUGAUUUGCAAGUAAACAGCCUGUGUGGAGAGGCGGAACACAUUGGCCGAAAUGCACUCUCAGAACCCAUUGGCUAAAGUCUGAUGACGAAUUAGGGUUUUCUGUAGAUUCUUUUUCUUCUGAUCUAUCUGCAUUCAUAUGCAGAAAUCUGUUUAUAGAGAUUAACCAAAAUCAUCAGCACAUGCAAGAGGAAGUCUUGGUUCAAAUAUCUGCUGGCUACUCCAAAUCAGCCUGCAAAAUUGGCCCUUGCCCCCAAAGGCUUAUAGUCAUCAGAUGAUAGCUGACGGGUUCCGAGAUUGGAAAAAUGCAAACAUUGCUUUGUUUGGUUUUCGAUGAAAGGAUUCAGCAAGUGUAACAAAGAUGUCAUGAUAUUUCAGGUGGUAUCGUUGUAGCAAUCAGCUGAGAAUCCCACCUACACUGAAGGGGUACUAUCUGCAGUGGAAAAACAAAUAGAAAAAGUUCCUUACAACACAAGUGAGUUGAGUUCUGUCAAGUUGCAUGCAGUGGAAAUGAGCCAUAACAUCCACACUUGCAUUCAAAGUGGUUUGAAUGCCACUGACUGAUGGACAGACCUUUCAGUAAAAGCACAGCCUAAAAUCUGAGCCCUCUGCUGUAAGACAAACAGUGCACAUAUUCACAUCAGACCAAAAUCAACCCCCCCCAGGGAGUGUUAUUGUACAGGAAGGUGCUAUCCUACCUCCCCUGCCAAGAUUUAGUCCUGAUCAAGAGCUAUUUAUAAUGGGAGGAGACACAGAGUAAUAUAUUAAGAAGCUUUUCUGCGCUGCACUCCGUGAUGAGAGUGAAUGCCUGCAAUGAUUUAUAAUAUGUGUCACGCUGUUGUGCUAGAAUAGUGAUGAUGAUGAUGAUGAUGAUGAUGAUGAUGACGACGAUGCAGUGAAAUAUGAAAUCUUAAAUACUUUCAAUAUGAAAAUAAGUCUUUGUUUAUAAAUAUGAUCCGAUUGCGAUUUUUUUUUCCUGUUUAUAGUUUGUUGCCUGGUUAUCAGUUGACACAGGUGCCAUUAAAUAAGAUGCCAUUUUUUUUAUAUGCUUCCUGAAUAUUGAUAAGAGGAGCCAGGAAGCGGUGGCACCCUCUCUUUCUCUCUCUCUCACUCUCUUUCUAUUUCUCUCUUUAAACUCCCCAAAGAUGGGCCCCCCCUAGUGGAUCGGCUGACUAACUACAAAAGCACAAAGAGACUCAAUCAUCAUUUAAAGGCGCCAUUUUUUACUUUUGUGACUUCCUUUUAGAACCAUUAAGUACUUCUUCUUCUUCUGCCCUUUUCAGUGCUUGUCCUUGUGCUGUUUGACACCCUGAAAUUGUUUCUAUAAAAGCAUUGAUUUCGUGGAAAAAAACAAGUGAAACUGUUUUAUUUUUGUUUGUCUCCUACAUCAGUUCUGCGCUGUGACAAUGUAUGACACCAGGGUCGAGGCCUUACCCAUCAUGUACAGGCAGAGUAGGACAGAUUUGCCCUUCAGUGCUGAUCUGAAAUCAAUGUGUUAUCCCUCGCAAAUGUUUGAGGGCACCACAGUGUUGAUCUCGUGAGAAGGCAAUAUCUUCCUAAACCUGUUUGUAGCUUCCUGUCUCACUUCUGUCCAUACAAGACUUGUACAGUAAUCAUUGAAAGAGAAGAGAGGUCACAAUGUCAAUAGCAAUUUCAAUUAUUCACAUUUUGAAUUUAGAUUUUAGUGAUGAAGCUUUCUUUAUGAUAAAAAGACUUAAGAGGUGUGUGGUGUUGUUUUAGCCAUCGUCUGCAAGUGUUUACAUAUUUUAUGUUCUUGGGUAUGUGUGGCUGACCGUAGUGCUUCAUUGCUACUGUGUAGUUUUUACUAGCUAACAGACUGAAGGCACCAAAUCUGCAGCGUGAGACAUAAAAUAUAGCUAUAUAUACCUAUAAACACUGAACAAAGCUGUUAGUUUCUCAAUCUUUGUUGUUUCUGGGUUUUGAACUAGUGAUAGAGUGGAUCCUUUUACAUUUCUAGACCUUAAAAGUUAUGUGCGCACAACUCUAAAGCAGAUCCUUAUGACGGCUCGCCUGCUGUGCAGCCAGCGUGCACCGCAGCGGGAGCCCUUCCUUAUUUCUGUCUUUCUCUCUUGAUCUUUCUGAGGCAUUAUUGAACCUGAACCACACCAGCUGAAAACAAGGACAGUGCCUUUAGUUUUAUAUGUCAACCCCCUCCCCCUGACUGACCGUGCAUCACUAAAACAAGAUUGAGCGUCCCUCCCUGCGACUCCUUAAACAAUGCUCUGCCUAUCGGCCCAUGCCAACACAGGGUUGUAGAUUGUACAAAGCCUUCCACAAAAAAGUAGCAGCCAUCAGUUCUAGUACAGUUUUCACUACAUGCUCUAAAAACAUCACCUAUUCCUGAUCAAGCCCCCUAUACUUCAUCAUCACGGACAUAUCGGGCAGAUUCACUCAUAACAUUUGUAACAGGGGUAAUGUUGUAAAUACAAACUCAUCUGAUGGAAAAUCUUCUUAGCAACCUACAAUGACAGUAAAGUACCAAAACUGAUAUUCCAAAAAUGGUAAUUUCAUUGGAGUUAAGACCAGUCAAAGAUGGUGCAAAACUCUUUCCUUGCACAUUGACUGUAGCUCAGCAGUGGAGCACUCCAUUCUGCCAUUGGUAGCCUAAAGAGGUAAAAAUGAGAUCACAAUUUGAAUUGCUAGUAUUGCUGCAAUAUAGCUUCUACCACCAGUGACAGCACUGUGGAAAUUCAUCAAAUUUGGUACAAACAUUCAUUUUCCCCAGAGAAUUAAUCCAAAUGACUGCGUUCACAUGCACACUAACAUUUCACUAUUAUCCCAAUUAUGACAAUAUUCCGAAUAUGAUUUGGACCAUAUAAACAGCGGUUUAGACUUUUUGAAAUAGGUCUUAUGCCAGUGGAAUCAUUUUCUGAUUAAGACAAUAAGCCUAUUUUAUUUGUUUUUAUGAGCAUUCUUUGGACAUGUAUAUAGUGCAUUCAGCAUAUGCGUCUCUUUACCACUGAGGUCCAAAUUUGGACUGGUUGAAAGUUUUGGUUUUGCUAAACUUAGACUGUAAACAUGGUAAAUGCUGUACCUAUUAGAAUUGUAUUUGUGAGCAUGUCAGCCUGCUAAUGUAGGCAUUUAGGUCUAUGCUGCUAGCAUACGUGCAGAUCAGGGCCCCAGGAAGCUAAUUUGAAAAUCCUAGGAUAGUGAAGGAAUGGCCUGUGUUACCCUGCCUCUGAUUGGCUUACCCUGACAUUCUUGCCCUAACCUCAACCAAUCCCACUCCUCUUGCCUAAACCUUGCCUAUCCAACCAACAACAGUAACGAAUACUAGCCACUCAUAGGGAGCGUAUUUUUGGCCAUACCUUUGCUAUUCUAGAAUUUGCAAAUUUGCCCCCAGACAUUCAGCUCAGCUUUGCUUCCAAUUUUUCCCAGUGUCCACUGGCAGUAUUGCAACAUUAGCCCAAAAAGCCUUUUUCCCAAAGACCACCAAGAGAUGUCUGUAAAACUGGUCAAUGAUGACUCUUUUUUAUGAAUAACUUGUAUUAAUCCAAGAAAGCUAUUUAAAAAUCGGUGACAUCAUCAAAACGUAAAGUCUAUGAGCCAAGCGGGAACUCACAAGUUGGGCCAGCAGGAAAAAACACCACUGCACAUAUACAGUGAGUGGCAUUUUGCAGAACUAAAUCUGGAAGCUGGAAAUCUUUUUGGCGUAUAUGCCAGGUGAGCAUUUCUCAUUGGACUAAAUAGGCAUCAUUUUGCGGUCCGGUAUCCCGAUCUUAUGAUACAUCCGUGCUGUAGACUUCUCUUGUUACUUCAUAGCUUGCUGAUGUCAUUUUUAGAGUUGCUAAGAUGAUUUUCAACUAUCGACUGAAUUUACAUUUUCAUAAUUCUUCCAUUAUAAAUUUUAUGAGUUGAUCUCUCACUGAAAUUUACAAAUUCUGGGAAAUAUCCAUGCUGGACCAUGAUAAAUGAUAUAUGGCCCCAAGGCUAAACACAAUACACUGACUUCACCAGGGGUGAAAAAAGGCACAAAAUAUACAGAAAAGCCAAGUAAGUGACAUAUUUACAAGUCAGUUCAUUAAUAUUUCUUUUUUAAAUUCAACCAGAGCUUCUUAAAAAUGAAUUACACCCCUUUUUACCAAACACACACAUUCACACACCCACACGCAUUACUGUAAACACGACAAAUUAUUGAUUGAAAGUCAUUCUCCUUGAGGAGACGAAUCCAGUCGUGCUUCAUGUGUCCGCUCACGAGACGCUGCGACACCAAACAGGCCAAAUUCGCUCCUCCGAUGUAGCCAAGAAUCCAGUGACACAUUAACAGGAUUAUUUGUUAACUAUGCGUCUCAUAGUGACACAGCUUGCCUUGCCAUUGCUCUGACCUAAUUGGUUCACAUGGGGGAAAGAAUGGGUUCUCAUUGGCCCGCAGUCGUUUCGAUUGGCAGCCGUGACAUUGACUGCGGUGAUGAGGGGGGGCUGUCAUUGUGGGUGGUACUGUAGGAAGCAAGGCGGGCAGAGGCCACACAUACACGCACACACAUAAAUAUAAGUACAGACACACACUCUCCCUCCCUUUGUCCUUUGCGGAGUGGUGAUCCCCCCCCCCCCCCCCCUCUCUUGUGCCCCUGUGUUCCCCAGGGAAGCCCAAACCUGCUGUGCCAUCAGAAGCUCAUCCCGUCUUCUUUCUCCCCCUCCCUCGGCCCUAA